AUGACAGACGAUUAUUCAGUAUCAGAAGGAUUAAUCCAUCUUGUUCUCAGUAUUAAUAAUGGUGCUGCUGAAGGAACAGGAAUUAUGCCUCUAGUGGGGUUUGCUCAAAAUUUGAUAGGAAAGAAAUUACCUGCUGAACUCAUAUCUUACAAUGUUGACACAUUGAACAAUCUUUUUGGAGGUUAUCCAACACAUGCUGAUUUGGCCCCAUCAAUUGUAUUCACAGUAUUAUUUGGAGUCUUUACAAUUGUUCACACAAUCAUUCUUUGCAUCAACACAUCAAGGGGUCAUUAUUUUUACCUUUCAUAUGUAUGGAUAUUUUACAGUAUUAUGAAAUUUCUUGGGUUUCUUUUAAGAGCAGUAUGGGCGACUGAUAUACUCAAGAUCAAAUGUGGAUUGACAUCUGAAGUUUUCCUUAUUGUUUCAACAUUCGUUAUGGUAUCCGCAAACUUGAUAUUAGCUCAACGCUUGUUUACUUGGAGACAUCCUGUUGGAGGCUCAAGGAAAUUAUUUUGGGGAUUCAUGUUUGCUACAUAUGGGAUGGUUUUGGUAGUUGUUGCAAUCACAAUAUUGGCAUCGUUUGUACCUUAUUUAUACUUCUUGAGUGAGAAGUCAUACAAGUCGUGGAUAAAAGUAGUCCAAUUUACUGCGGUGUUAAUUUUAGCAUACUGUUUUACCUCCGUGGCAUUGAUUGGUUUGUCAUUUUGGCUACCCACUAAGAAAGAUGAGAACAGGUAUACUUAUCAACCGUGGUGGGUUGAAAGUUUUGCACCCUUUUAUUUUGUGAAAAAGGGAGCAGCACAGGAAGCAGAAGCAACAUUUAUGAAACGAAACUCCAACCACAGACACGCUACCCGUGUUAUUGCUGCAACUCACCAUCAUUUUAAAAUGGUGAAAGGAUUGUCUAAUCAGAGAGGUGACCUCAAACAUAAUGUGUCUAUGGGAUUAUUAAUCGUCUCUACAAUAUUGAUUUUAUUUUGUUCAAUAGUCAGAGCAAUAGUCGUAUUCCAAGCAAGAAGACACAAAGUUUCUUCUUCUGCUGAAAGUGUUUGGUUUGGAUACGUAUGUUGGGGAGUAUUUGAAAGCAUAAUCAGUAUCCUUUACAUUGUUUUCAGAGUCGAUCUUAGAUUUUAUCGUCCUGAUAUAUUACCAGCAGCAGUUAGAGCUAUCAUCACCGCCCAACAAUCAUACUACCCUUCAGACAAUGAAAGUGAUGAAAACGAUGAUGACUGCUAUAAACCUGAAAUGGUUGAUAUUCCCCACCCACAACGACAACAAUACCAGAACCAGCAUGUAUAUGGUAAACACAUUACUGGAUUUAGAGAGGAUGAAAAGCUGGUUCUUGAUGAAGAAGAAUUUGAUGAUAUUGACUUAAAUGAAUGGGAUUUUGGAGAAGUCAAAAAAGACAUAACUAAUACAAGUUCGGAUCAAUCUUUUGUCAACAGUUCUUCUAAAUGGGAGAAGAAAACAAGCCCACCAACCCAAACUCAAAGCAGCAAAUCUAUCAAAUUUCCAAAUGAAAAGCUAUCAGACAUGGAAUUUCAAUUUUAA